AUGGCGGAAGGCCAAACUCCUACCUUCAAGCUCGUCCUCGUCGGUGACGGCGGUACUGGAAAGGUCAGUACCACAUGAAAGAGCUUGAACCAGACAGUGACGGCAGGAAGAGAGCUGUAAGAGGAGAACAGAGGCUGACUCACCGCUAUCUAGACUACCUUCGUCAAGCGCCAUUUGACUGGAGAGUUCGAAAAGAAGUACAUCGCCACGCUCGGAGUCGAAGUUCACCCACUUGGCUUCACCACCGUAAGCAUUUUCUGCGCAUACAUCGCCGACGAAAUCAGCAGGGACUAACAAGAGCACAGAACCUCGGCCAGAUCCAGUUCGAUGUUUGGGACACUGCAGGACAGGAGAAGUUUGGUGGUCUCCGUGAUGGCUACUACAUCAACGGCCAGUGCGGUAUCAUCAUGUUCGAUGUUACUUCGCGCAUCACGUACAAGAACGUUCCCAACUGGCACCGCGAUCUUGUCCGUGUUUGCGAGAACAUCCCGAUCGUGCUCACUGGCAACAAGGUCGACGUGAAGGAGCGCAAGGUCAAGGCCAAGACCAUCACCUUCCACCGCAAGAAGAACCUCCAGUACUACGAUAUCUCCGCCAAAUCCAACUACAACUUCGAGAAGCCCUUCCUGUGGCUUGCGCGAAAGCUUGUCGGCAACCAGUCUCUGGUAAGUCGGGAUUCAGCUUCAAAUCUCGAACCUUUACUGAUGUAAUACUAGGAAUUCGUUGCCGCACCAGCCCUCGCUCCACCUGAGGUGCAGGUCGACCAGGCUGCUAUGGAGCAGUACCAGAAGGAGAUGCAGGACGCAGCCAACAUGCCGCUGCCAGAUGAGGAGGACCCAGACUUGUAA